UAAGCCUCGGAGGCUGCUGGCCCCGCCUCCCUGCCUCUCCGCUGCUCCCUCCAUCGCCGGCCAAGCUCCCACCUUCCCUGCACCGGUUUCCUGGCCGCCAGUUCCCCCUGCAAGUCUUUCAGUCUCUGCUGCGCCUCAGCCUUGCCAAGAGCCCUGACAAGAGGCUAUGUGUGAGGACAGCCAGCUGCUGAGGCGAACCCCAUUCUCCCAGGACCAGCCAUGGCUUCCUCAGAUCCACACGGACAAAGGCCGGGCUGGAGUGUGUGAAGCACGGACGGUCCUCUUCUGACCCACUUUGCUGCACUGCAGGAGCCAGAAUGCACUGGCAAGACGAUCUCAAGCGUCUCUUCCUUGCAGGGUCCAGCGUGCAGGUCGAGCAGCUCUAACUGCGUUUUGGGGAUCCUCCUUGUUUCCCCACCUUGAGCAUCUCCCUGCUGGGAUGGGGCGUUAGUGCAGUGGUGCUGUAGCUGCUGCCCCCGUUGGCACCUCCGUCCUGGGACUGGGAGGGAUAUUGACUGCUCUCAGCCUGGGGGCCACUGGCUUCUGUUCCAUCCUCUGGACAGAAAGGCCACGCAAAGCCCACGUUGUCCUGAAGGUUCCCCCUUUCCUGUUGUGCUGUCUCAAUCCAUCCAGCCCUGUGGCUUCCCUCUUAUGUGCCUCCAGCAAAGUGCCCACCUGAUCCCCUCUCCCCAAACGUUGCAUAUAACAGACGGGGCAUAAAAAUAUCCAGUACAGACACCUUCUUACCAGUUCCUUGGGGUGCCAGAUAAUGCCGCAUGUUAUUUCUUAAUAACAUAAAUAAAAGGACCCUUCGCUAGAUUCAGAGGAACAGAGAACAGUGAAUUGAUGAGCUGCAUGUGGCAGGAAGUGACUGUGCGGUGCUGGAAAGUAAGUCUGGACGGAGUCACAUGGGUGGCUUGGGCCUCAGAGUGAGGACGGGCCGGGCUCGCAUUUACGGGAAGGAAACUCCCACUUACUGACAUGAGGAAAUUGAAACCGCUGUGUGCAGCAGCCAUGGCUGGCAGCCCCGAGAGCACCGUCCGGGCUCUCAGCGAGGAAUCCGCUUGCUCCAUCUGCCUGGAUUAUUUCAGGGAUCCUGUGAGCAUUACCGAGUGUGGGCACAAUUUCUGCCGAGCCUGCCUGAGCAAGUGCAGCAAGGAAUCAGACAGGAAGGCCUCCUGCCCCCAGUGCAAGGGGACCUUCCAGAAGAGGAACCUCCGGUACAAUCGGCACCUGGCCAGGAUUGUGGAAAUUGCCAGAAAAAUCAAAGGGGCUGAAGGGAAGGUGCAACUCUGUGAGAAGCACUGGGAGCCCCAGAAACUCUUCUGCAAGGACCACGAAGCCCCCAUCUGCCUGGUGUGUGACAGAGCCAAGGAGCACAAGGAUCACCAGGUGGUUCCCCUGGAGGAGGCGUCCCAGGAGUACCAGGAUCUGCUGCAGCGUCGCCUGGAGAGUCUGAGGGAAGAGAGAGGAAGGAUUUUGGCAUGUAAAGCAGAGGCAGAAAGGGAGAAGCAGGUGCUGCUGGAGCAAGCAAAGGCAGAGCGGGAGGAGAUGGUGGCUCAGUUCAGGCGACUGCAUCGGUUCCUGGAAGAGCAAGAGAAGCACCUCCUGGCCCAGGUGGACCAGCUGCAGGAGCAGAUUGCCAGGAAAGCGGAGGACAAUCUGGCCCGGCUUUCCAAGGAACUCUCUUCCCUUGAAGGCAUCAUGCGGGAGGUGGAGGAGAAGAGCCAGCAGCCGGCAGCUGAACUCCUGCAGGAUGUGAGAAGCAUCUUGCAGAGAAGUGAGGAGGAGCCCUGUGACAUCCCAGCGGCUUUCCUUCUGAAGCUGAAACGGAGGAUCUGGGACUUCUCUGACAGAAAGCCUGACCUGGAGCGAUGGAGGAAGCAAUUCCCUGUAGUCAUGAGUGAAUCCAAAGCAGCAAAUGUGACCCUGGAUCCGGACACUGCUCAUCCUCGUCUCCUCUUGUCCGAGGAUCAUAAAAGUGUCAGCAAGGGAGACAAUAAAAAUGUGCCUGACAAUCCGAAGAGAUUCAGCAACUUCCUGUUUGUGCUGGGCUGUGAGGGCUUCACAGUUGGAAGACACUCCUGGAAAGUCCGUGUGGGAAGUGAGGGAAAGUGGGCAGUGGGUGUCGCCAGGGAGUCUGUGAACAGAAAGGGCCCGGUUCAUUUUUCUCCUAAGGAAGGGUUCUGGGUUUUGUGGUAUUCAGGAGAUACAUGCAAAGCUUGCAUUAAUCUUUCUUUUGCUCUGCCUGUGAGUGGGGAGCCAAAGACAAUCCGGGUGUCUCUGAACUGUGAUGGGGGGCAGGUGGCCUUUUAUGAUGCGGACAGAGAGAUGCUCCUCUAUGCCUUCUCCGGGGUCCCAUGUGCAGGAGAGCCCCUCUUCCCCUUCUUUUAUGUUUAUGGGGAUGCCCUCCUCAGGAUCAGUUCUUAAGGCCCCAGGAGCCUUCAUGGCAGGCCCUCUGCAGACCACAAAGAUAGUCAAGGGCCCGUUUUCUACUUCUGCAGAAUGCCCUGGAAAGCAUUCUGGAUCGGUCGCAGUCACCAGAAUAAAGCCAACCAAAAGAG